AUGGAUAUCAAACUCUUAAAUAUUCGUCAAGUUGCACCACCACGGAACGAAGUAAGUGCAAGCGAAUCAGGUGCAACAGGUGAACCGGACGUGACAGGUGAAAAAGGUGUAACAGGUGAAAAAGGCGUAGCAGUUGAAAAAGAAGGUGUAGAAGGUGUAAAAGGUGUUAAAAGAUUUUCAACCAUCAAAAGUUUCGAGAGAGAACGAUAA